GUGACUGGAAUUCCCACUUCGGUAAGGACGCAGUCAGCUGGGGCUGGGUGGGAGGUCGUGUCCUAGAGACUCCCACGGCGGCGUCUUCGUAUCAUGUCCAGGAGUGGGCCCAGCCAGCUGGAUUGCAUCAUGUGGACAGCUUCUUGCCGUUCCGUGCGGGGAAGCGGGGUACUUGGCUCAACCGACGGAACCGCAAGUAUUACGAGAAUGACUACUUCUUGUCCUCCAUUGCGCCUGGCUUCAGGCGCUGGCGGAAGGCUGCCACCUUUGCUGCGUCUUUCGGAGAUCACUUUGGGAAGGUCGUCCACUCAUGUUGCCAGGUCGAGUCCGCGCUCGUGAGUGCCGACGCCGGGCCGUCUCGGCCGCUCCGCCGGGCAAGUACCGCUCAAGCUUCGACGGUGCUCUCCGCGAGCGCCGGCCCCUCCGAGUCGACCUUCUCCGCGGGCCUUCACACAGCGCCCAGCUGGGCGUCGCUAUCCAAAGCCCUGCGGUUCGCUGAAGAGGAAGCCGUGGGCCGCCAGCCUCGCCGCAAUGUGCUUCCGAUUCUGGCGUCCAGGCAGAAGGAGGAGGCCGCAGACAAAGCGGCACUAAAGGCAUUAUGGGAGUCGAUACGUCGGGAGCCGGACGAGGACAGAGCCCUCGAACUGCGGGCCGAAUACAAGAGGAUGAAAGCGGCUGCGAGGAGCAGAGAACGGUGGUGGCGACGAGAAUUUAUAGACGAACUCUGUGGGGACCUUCAGCGGGCAGUGGACGAUCGGGACAGCCGCCGUUUCUACGCUGGAUUGCGAGAGCUGGGUGUGUUUUCGCGCGACACGGGGCUGCUGGAGGACGAUUGUUUCACGGCAGAGCAGGCGGCUCAGCACCUGAGGAGCAUCGGGGGCGAACACGACCUGCCCAGCACCCGCGACCAGGUGCUCCAGGAGGUGCCAGGGCACCCCCCCGACGUCGGCUUGGACACGCCACCGCUGAACGACGAGAUCCAGUCCGCUAUCGACACCAUGGGGGUCUCGGCCGCCGGUGACGACGAGAUCACGAUAGACAUGGUCCGAGCUGGCGGGCCGCCCGUGCCCCUACAGGCGCGCGUGCUGGCGCGGCGUUUUUGGCCCCAGCCAGGGCAACAUUGGGAACCUGGGGUCGCGCGCGGAGUGGUGACCACGUUGUGGGGGAGGAAGGGCAGCAGGGAGGAUCUCGACAACUACAGAUGGAUAUGCUUCCUGUCGAUCAUUUCUCGUAUUCUCGCGCGGGUAGUGGCGAGAAGGCUGAGCGGUUGGACAGAACAGAAGGGGCUGUACGUCGCCGAGCAUUACGGAUUUCGCAUUUACCGCUCCACGCGGGACGCCAUCCUCGUCUGCAGGGUCAUGUUCGAAGAGGCGGUUCGCCCAGGCUCCAACUUCGAGGAGGACGUCCUCACGCUUCUCCUUGUAGACAUCAAGAAAGCCUACCCCAACGUCCCGCGCGCGCUGUGCUGGGACGCCCCGAAGAAGCUCGGCGUGCCGGCGGGGUUGUUGCAGGCUCCGCCUCCCGAGGGACUGCAGGACUUCCUCUUCCAGCUGUUGGCUUUCGCGGACGACGCUUCUGUCCCGUCGGCGCCCUCGAACACCGCAGUGGUCGAGCGCGCGGUCACUGCUGUUCUCCGGGGCCACGGAGAGCGCGCGCACCCGGGGGAGAUCGAGAAGAUCAUGGCCGCGCUGGCCGGGUUGGAAGGGCCACUCCCUGAGGGCUUAUACCGCAGCACCCGCUUGCUUGGCGCCUGGAUCGAUAGCGGCGGAGGCUCCAGGAAGGACACGGAGGAACGCAUCCAGAAGGCAGCCGCUCUGUGGCACAAGAGCAGGCCGCAGCUGCCUCGCAUGCGCUUGUCUCGUAGACUGCUCGCUCAAGUUGUCCAGUCGACUGCGGUGGCGCGCCUGCUCUGGGGGUGCGAGGUCCGCACGUGCACUGCCCAGGACUGCAUGCGCAUGCAGGUGUUUGUCAACAAGAUCAUCCGCUGGCUGACGUGGGCACCAGAGACGGGCGGCACGCGGCAGAUGGAGGGGGAACUUAAAAUGACGGACCUGCGGUUGCAGCUCGGCCUGCUCACCGUCAAG